AACACCGAGAGGUCUGAACUCCACGUUAUUUUAAGCUCUUCUUUUUUGUUAAUUAAUAGUUCAAUUUAUAAUGAAUGAAGUCAUCAAGAACACCCAUGCAUUUGUCGAUAUUUUAACUAUGGCGCGAAGUGAAGCUGUACAAACCUGGGAUGAAGGGACAUUCCAACGAGCUUUCAAAUGGGCCCAGUACUUCGAAGAGGUAUAUACUAAGCUUAAUUCCAAACCAGCACUAGCCGAGAARCUUAACAAGUACAUCAAUAACUUCAACAAGACUGGAAAAGUUUACCUUGGAUCUCUUCAUCUUUCAUUUAACAAGCUAGAACACUCCAAAAACAUUUUAAGAAAUUGCCUUCUACAAAAUCCUCACAUAAGUAAUUCACAAUUUCAACAUGUUCUUAGACUAUAUGGAGUGAAGCUAGGAUCCAUAAUCGACACUGAAAAUCAAAAAGUUUUGGAGMAAGAUGUUGGUCAUGUUAUGAAUCAUAAAGGGACUUUAACUAUUUUGUCACAGAUCAGGGAUAAAUAUACUGAAAAUAUUCAGGAGAAACUAAAUGGAUUGUCUCACAUCUCUGAUUCUGGAGACAAAGAGAUGGAAAGCUUUUCACAAGGAUACCAAGCUGAAAGUAUUGAUGGACAUACUUCAAAGARUUUAGCUCUGAAUUCUGGGGGACAACUUCUUUUUAAACAUAUUCUACAUUUUCUAGAAAGUGCUGAAAGCAAAGACAGUGAAACCAUGMAUGAAAAGCUAAGGAUUAUAUCUCUUCAAGAAGAUGGAAUGGAACUAAUUGCCUCAUGUCUCUUAUGCAUCCCUGAGGACUGUCAAUCACACUACAAGGCAGACAACGUACAGCAGUUUAUUGUCAAUUGGUUAUCAGAUGCUUUAUCUAGUGAUCAUAAUCAUCCAUUUUGGAAUUUGCCACUGACUGUACUAUGCAGCAUUUCUUAUAAGUACAGCAACAUAUUAGAUCUUUAUUUGUCACGUCUCACCUCUUGGGCCAAUAGCAUGUCUGCUGUACUAACAUGUCAAAUGUCACUCGAGAAAAGAAGACUUGUGCCUAAAAACAAAGUUUAUGUUUGGAGGUCUUCRAAAGAGUUUUCCAGCAAUUCAACCACAAACAUGCCUGAGGAAAAUGGACAUKCAGUUGAUAAACUUGCUGACUCACUGGACUCUCUGUUACUUCAUUUUAAAUCUUUGACCACAGGACCUGCACAUAUCAAAGAACUUUGUUACCAAAGAAUCGAAACACAAUUUUCCAAAAAUGAUUGUAGUAAACAAGCUAAUGCAGAAACUUUAGUACAGAAAGAAAAUAAGCUUGGUGUGAAUGUCUGGUGGGACUUAUAUUGUAGAAUAAAGGAGAGUCACUGAAAUACAUGGUGAAAAUAAAACUCACUUCUUGAAAGUGGAUUCAAGAUUUA